AUGAGGGUUUUAAUUCUGUUAGGAGUCGUGGCAGUAGCGUUAUCGGCACCGCAGGGGCCUGCAGACAAAGUCAUAGCAAUCGUCUCACAAGAGUUCGACCAACAACCAGAUGGAUCUUAUCGUUACAGCUACGAGACUGAAAAUGGCAUCAAAGCAGAAGAGGCUGGUACACUGAAGAAGGCCAGCGGUCCCGACGCUGGUGACGUCAUCGUAGCACAGGGAGGUUUCAGCUACACCGCUCCUGAUGGCACCGUUAUCAAUCUGAACUACAUUGCUGAUGAUGACAAUGGCUUCAAACCGGAGGGUGCUCAUUUGCCGACUCCGCCGCCAAUACCGCCUGCAAUCCAGAAGGCGCUCGACUAUCUUGCCACACUCCCCCCACCACCACCAUCCAGGGCUUAG